AUGGAUUCCAAAUUAAAAAUUUCUACAACUUCUUUACAUGAUAUUAGUAAAUAUACUGUUGAGUCACUUAAAAUUCCAGUAGCUUGUAACACUUGCAUUAGAGUUGCUGAUGCCACCUUAUCAUUCAAUGAAUUGCUUAAAAAGUUUGAAAUAGCUACUG